GGUGACCUCUGUGGCAGCUUCCGGUUGCGGCGGGGUCUGCUUCCGGCGCGGCGCCGGGGAGGGGGAGGGGGAGGUGGGACCAUCAUGAGCACCAUGUUCGCCGACACCCUCCUCAUCGUCUUCAUCUCGGUGUGCACCGCGCUGCUGGCCGAGGGUAUAACUUGGGUGCUGGUAUACCGAACAGACAAAUACAAACGAUUAAAGGCUGAAGUGGAAAAACAGAGCAAGAAAUUGGAAAAGAAGAAGGAAACGAUAACUGAAUCAGCAGGCCGACAGCAGAAAAAGAAAAUAGAAAGACAAGAAGAGAAGCUGAAGAAUAACAACAGGGACUUGUCAAUGGUUCGGAUGAAAUCUAUGUUUGCCAUUGGCUUCUGCUUCACUGCCUUGAUGGGAAUGUUUAACUCCAUAUUUGAUGGCCGAGUGGUGGCAAAGCUUCCAUUUAUCCCCCUCUCGUACAUCCAAGGUCUCUCCCACCGUAACCUUCUGGGUGAAGAUUACACUGACUGUUCCUUCAUUUUCCUCUACAUUCUCUGCACGAUGUCAAUCAGACAGAACAUCCAGAAGAUGCUUGGACUUGCUCCUUCCCGGGCUGCCACCAAGCAAGCAGGGGGCUUCCUUGGCCCACCACCUCAGGCAGGGAAGUUCUCCUGAAGCACAGUUACAGCCUUCAUAGAAGAUCUGACCAGUGCACAAGACUGCCUUAGGGAGACACCAAGAUGAAAUCCAAGGCUUCACGUGCCCCAAACCAGCCUAUGCAGUAUUGGCUACAAUCUUCCAAUUGGAAUAUUCUGCCAGCGGUUGUUUGCUCACCACACCAAGAAAGUUCUCAGAAGAUAACUUGACCUUUUGUUUCUGAUGUUUCUGAGAAAUAAAUGGCAUGGGCAUGUUGGUUUAGAUGUCU